AUGGGUGUGAGAGGAGAACAACAACAACAUCUGUUAACAUCAACCUCAGAACAAAACCAAGAAGAAGAAUUAAAUGCAAGUAGUUUGCUUAGACAAACAUGGUUAGAGUCGAAGAAAUUGUGGGCAAUUGCUGGACCCUCCAUUUUCAGCAGGCUUGCCAUGUUCUCUAUGACUGUCAUAACCCAGUCCUUCUCCGGCCACCUCAGUGACCUCGACCUCGCCGCCAUUUCCAUCGCCUCCACCGUCAUCAUCGCCAUCACUUUCGGUUGCUUGUUGGGUAUGGCGAGUGCACUUGAAACUCUAUGUGGCCAAGCAUAUGGGGCCAGACAGUACCACAUGUUAGGCAUUUACUUGCAACGUUCUUGGAUAGUUUUGUUCUCGUGUUCGAUUUUAUUACUUCCCUUGUUCUUGUUUGCAACGCCAAUACUAAAGCUUAUGGGCCAAACCGAUGCGGUGGCGGAGCAGUCGGGUGUGGUGGCAAUGUGGUUGAUUCCGAUGCACCUGAGUUUCCCAUUUCAGUUCACGUUGCAGAGGUUCUUGCAGAGCCAAGUGAAGACUUGGGUUCUUGCUUAUAUCUCGGGGGGUGCUCUUGCACUCCAUGUGUUUGUUAGUUGGUUUUUUGUGUAUAAGUUAAGAGUGGGGAUUGUUGGGGCUGCCCUUACGCUUGAUUUCUCGUGGUGGGUGACUGUUUUGGGACUUUUUGUGUAUGUUGUAUGUGGUGGGUGUGCUGAUUCGUGGACUGGUUUUUCGGGUCAAGCUUUCGUUGGGCUUUGGGAGUUUUUUAAGCUCUCUGUGGCUUCUGGGGUUAUGGUCUUGUUGGAGAAUUUUUAUUACAGGGUAUUGAUUAUAGUGUCAGGGUAUUUGCACAAUACUGAGGUUGCAGUUGAUGCACUUUCGAUCUGCAUAACUAUCUUUGGCUGGGAGUCGAUGAUUCCUCUUGGAUUUCUGGCUGCUGCUGGGGUACGUGUAGCAAAUGAGCUUGGUGCAGGCAAUGCAAAAGGUGCAAAAUUUGCCACUACAAUCUCAGUGUUGUCCUCCUUAAUGGUUGGACUCCUAUUUUGGUCAAUAAUCAUCGCCUUCCCUGAGAAUCUUGCAAUGAUCUUUACCUCCAGCACUUCUGUUAUUGAAAUGGUCAAUGAUUUAGCAGUCUUGUUGGCGUUCACUAUUCUUUUCAAUUGCAUUCAACCUGUUCUUUCGGGUGUGGCUAUUGGAUCUGGUUGGCAAGCUAAAGUGGCUUUUAUAAACAUAGGUAGCUACUACUUAGUUGGGGUCCCUCUCGGGGUUCUCUUGGGUUGGUCGCUUCAUUUUGGAAUUACGGGUAUCUGGACUGGAAUGAUUAGUGGAACUGUGGUUCAGACAUUUAUAUUAGCUAUAAUCACACUGAGAUGCGAAUGGGAAAAAGAGGCACAAAAAGCUCAGAUACUUAUAACAAAGGAGGCAGCUUCCAGACACUAAUCUCAUCUCAACAAGUGCACAAUUUAUGUGGCCAUGUGAUGUUUCUCUAUCCGAAGUGGUUGUUCAUUUGCGGGCAAUAUUCUCCAAAGACAGAUCAGCAAAGACUAUUUUCUACUCACUGUUGAUGAAGAAAACCAGGUGAACCUCAUGAAUGUUAGGCCGUGAUUCUCUGUCUGACCUUGACAGAAUGACUUGCUAUGCUGUACUGCGUCAAACUUGUGAAAUUAUGUUUGGCUAAAGUUUGCAGCUGCUUUUUUUUUUUUUUUCCCUUAUAAAUUCAAUGCUAUGAAACUGGGAAAUGUUGGUAAAUUAAUUAGGCCAAACUGUUAAAAAAAACUGAAAUACGAGCUGUCCAAAAUUUGAUUUAAGUUGUAACAACAUUCGUCUUAGUAAUCUUAACUUCAAAGUUAACAGUUCUGCAU